AUGUCACAACGAAUAAGAGAUACUACGCUCGCCAGCGGCUUCACAAAGACGAUACAUAGCAAACCCACUGCUGCCCUGGACCCGGCCUCCAACAAACUGCCAAAGCCACUCAACGUACUCAUAGUUGGCGCGUCUCGCGGGAUAGGAGCCGGUAUUGCCCAUGCCUACGCGCAAGCAGGUGCUGCGUCUCUCCUCCUGGCAGCGAGGUCAUCUUCAAGCCAGGAACUAGCGACAGUCGCACAAGAAGCCAAGAACUUGAACCCGUCGCUUGCGAAGGAUGUCAAACAAGAAGUCGGAAGGCUGGACAUUGUCAUUAUCAAUUCAGGAUACUCAGGACCGGUAGUGCUGAAAGUCGAGGAAGGAGAUCCACAGGAUUUCCAAGAUGUGUUUGACGUCAACGUACAGGGUACAUACCUUGUUGCGCACCACUUCAUUCCGAUACUGAAGGAAAGUGAUGGUGCUAAAACCUUCAUCGCUAUCAACUCCUUUGGAGCAUGUAUCGUAAACGGGCACAUUGCGAACACAGCAUAUUGUAUUUCGAAAUUCGCGCAGGCACGUCUUGUCGAGUUCCUCUCGGAGCAGUACGGUGCGGAUGGUAUAUUGGCUGUUGCUGUACACCCUGGCGCUGUCAACACGGAGAUGGCAGACAAGACUACGCCCGAUAGCUUUCGACCUUACCUCACAGACGAUAUUGGUCUCGGGGGCGCUUUUUGUGUUUGGUUAAGCACCGAGAAGCGGAUGUGGUUGAACGGCCGAUUGCUGGGUGCGACAUGGGAUAUCGACGAAUUGCUAGGAAAGAAGACACAGAUAGAGGGACAAGACUUGCUCAAAUUUGGUUAUAGGGUAGGCGGAGUUUCGGCCGCAGGACAAGGCGCAUAA